AUGGAGAGUGUUCGAACACGACAAAUUGUCGCUCUCCGUAGCAUGAUAAAUUUGAAUGAGCCAGUGGUGAAUUCCGGUGUGAAGGAGCCGGUUUGGAAGAUUUUGAUAUUGGACAAAGCGGGACAGGAUAUUAUUUCGCCACUUUUGCCUGUGAAACAAUUGAGAGAUUUGGGAGUCACUUUGCAUUUGUGAGUUUUUUGAAUGGGCAGGGAUUUGGGCUAAAAUUUGAGAAAAUCCGGGUUUUCCAAGAAAAAAAUGGUUUUUUUGCGAAAAAAUUGAGUUUUGAGCUUGAAAAAACACAAAUUUUUAUGAAAAAAUCUUAAAAUUGGAUAUUUAAUCUAAAAUCACGAUUUUUGGCUAAAAAUUCUCUGAAAAAAUUUAAAAAAAAAUCAGUUCUCAUCAAAUUUUGUUCAUAUUAGUAUUUGGUAUCAUUUUAAUCCGAUUUUCGCGCCAAAAUGUACCGUAUUUUUUGCAGGCUUCUCGGGUCUCGCCGCGAACCUCUCACCGAUGUUCCAGCUGUGUAUUUCGUGUCUCCAACCGAUGAAAAUGUCGAUUUACUCAGCGAAGACUUGAAAAAAGCAAUGUACGAUUCAUUUUUCUGCAAUUUCAUCUCUCCCAUUUCCCGCCCUCGAUUAGAAUCGCUGGCUUCAGCCGCAGUUCAUGGGGGCGCACUUGGUCAAGUUCAAAAAGUCAUCGAUCAAUAUUUGAAUUUCAUUUCAUUGGAAGACGAUUUGUUCGUUUUGAAGAGAUACAAUGAGAAUGGACAUUUUUCGUAUUUUUCAAUGAAUAAUCCAUCGACUUCGGAUUCGGCUAUGAAUUUGAUGUUGGAUCAAGUGGCUGAUGGUUUAUUUGCAGUUUGUGCGACGAUGGGAAUUGUUCCGAUUAUUCGAUGUGCGAAAGGAAAUGCGGCGGAAAUGGUGGCUAAGGUUGGGAUUUUGGGAUUUUGCGGGGAAAGCAAAAAUCUACAAAAAUUGCGUCAAUCAACCUUGAUGCUGGCGCAAUUUUUGUGCCUAAAACUUCAUCAAAAGGCACGAAAAAUAUAUGUCCCUCGUAAAUAUUUUUCGAAAAUUAAUGAAUGUUGGUGUGUGCGCGCGCGGUCGCGAUGCGGUUUUCCUCGAAAAUUUUGUUUUUUUUUUUAUUUUUUCAGCAAAAUAGGUGAAAAAUUUCACAUUUUUAAACAAAAAAUAGGGUUUUCAAAUUGAAAACUGAAAUUAAUGCAUUGAAAAUGAAUUUUUAGGCAAAAAAUAAGCGUUUUGUGUAAAAAACCAGCAUUUUCGAGGAAAACCGCAUCGCGACCGCGCGCGCACACACCGACAUUCAUUCUAGAGCUAGAAAAUUGACUAAAAUGUCUAUUUUCUAGCUCUAGAGCUACUUUUUGAGCUCUGGAGCUAGAAAAUAUGGUCUAGAGCUGGAAAUAGAGCUGGAAAUCAUGUUUUUGACCUCUGCAGCUAGAAAAAUUGACUAGAAUUUGUGUUCUGGAGCUCAGAAAAUAACUGAAAAUCAAGUUUAGCUAAAAUUUUUUGCAGCGUCUCGAUCAAAAACUUCGCGAAAAUCUCCGCGACUCUCGCAACAAUCUCUUCACAAUGGACGGUGUUCGCGUCGGUUUUAUGCAAACAACUCGACCAGUUUUGGUGAUCGGCGAUCGUGGAGCUGAUCUCGCCACAAUGUUGCAUCACACAUGGACAUAUCAAGCAUUGAUGCACGAUGUUUUGGAUUUGGAUCAGAAUCGAGUUCAGCUAAAUAGUUCUGGUGGAGGAACGAAAAAGAAGGAAUAUGAUAUGGGAACUGGGGGAACUGAUAAAUUAUGGAAUCAACAUAAGGGAAGUGCUUUUCCAGCGGUGGCUGAAGCUGUUCAAGAAGAUUUGGAUGCGUAUAGAAGUAGUGAAGAGGAGAUCAAGAGAUUGAAACAGGCUAUGGGUCUCGAUGGAUCUUCUGAUGCGGCAGAUGAAGCAAUGACGUCAUUAUUAGCUGAUACGACAGCAAAACUUGGAUCUACAGUAACCAGUCUACCACAAUUGUUAGAAGCUAAAAGAUUGAUCGAUUUGCACACAAAUGUUGCUACAACUUUGCUUGAUGUUAUAAAAGAUCGAAAACUUGAUCAACUUUUUGAGCUCGAACAGAAAUUAUUGCAGCAUUCGCAAUUGGAUCAAUCGAUUUUGAAUAUUUUGGAAGGUUUUGAGAAUCAUGAGGAUUUGUUGAGAGUUUUGAUUAUUGCCUUUUUAUGUCAGGAAACUGUGACCAAGGUGAGAGAAAUUUUGAGCCUAGAAUCAUAGAAAUCUGCGAUUUUUGAACUGAAAUCUUAAAUUUUUGCAAAAAAAAAAUAGAAAAAUUGAUGAUUUUUAAGCCUAGAAUCAUAGAAAUCUGAAAAUUUCAUUGGAAUAAGGCAUUUUUGAUGAUAAGCUCUUGGAAAGUUCAAUUUUUGAACUGAAAUCUUGAAUUUUUGCCAAAAAAAUUGAAAAAUGUAUGGUUUUUAAGCCUGGAAUCAUAGAAAUCUGAAAAUUCCACUGAAAUCAGGCAUUUUCGAUGAUAAGCUCUUGGAAAGUUCAAUUUUUGAACUGAAAUCUUGAAUUUUUGCCAAAAAAAUUGAAAAAUUGAUGAUUUUUAAGCCUGGAAUCAUAGAAAUCUGAAAAUUUUACUGAAAUCAGGCAUUUUUGAUGAUAAGCUCUUGGAAAAUUCAAUUUUUGAACUGAAAUUUCGAAGUUUUGCAAAAAUUGAUGAUUUUUAAGCCUAGAAUCAUAGAAAUCUGAAAAUUUCACUGAAAUCAGGCAUUUUUUAUGAUUUCUGAUCCUAAGCUCUCGGAAAAUUCAAUUUUUGAAAAUCAAUUUCAAAAUUCUGAAUUUUCUGAUAAAUUUGCCACGUGGAAUUAAAAAAAAUUGAAAAAUUUAUGAUUUUUAAGCCUGGAAUCAUAGAAAUCUGAAAAUUUUACUGAAAUCAGGCAUUUUUGAUGAUAAGCUCUUGGAAAAUUCAAUUUUUGAACUGAAUUCUUGAAUUUUUGCAAAAAAAUUAAAAAAUUGAUGAUUUUUAAGCCUGGAAUCAUAGAAAUCUGAAAAUUUCACUGAAAUCAGGCAUUUUUGAUGAUAAGCUCUUGGAAAGUUCAAUUUUUGAACUGAAAUCUUGAAUUUUUGCCAAAAAAAUUGAAAAAUGUAUGGUUUUUAAGCCUGGAAUCAUAGAAAUCUGAAAAUUUCACUGAAAUCAGGCAUUUUUGAUGAUAAGCUCUUGGAAAGUUCAAUUUUUGAACUGAAAUCUUGAAUUUUUGCCAAAAAAAUUGAAAAAUUGAUGAUUUUUAAGCCUGGAAUCAUAGAAAUCUGAAAAUUUUACUGAAAUCAGGCAUUUUUGAUGAUAAGCUCUUGGAAAAUUCAAUUUUUGAACUGAAAUUUCGAAUUUUUGCAAAAAUUGAUGAUUUUUAAGCAUAGAAUCAUAGAAGUCUGAAAAUUUCACUGAAAUAAUUUAUUUUCGAAGAUAAGCUCUCGGAAAAUUCAAUUUUUGAACUGGAUUGAAUUUUUGCAAAAAUUGAUGAUUUUUAAGCCUGGAAUCAUAGAAAUCUGAAAAUUUCACUGAAAUUAGGCAUUUUCGAUGAUAAACUCUCGGAAAAGUCAAUUUUUCAACUGAAAUCUUGAAUUUUUGCAAAAAAUUGAUGAUUUUUGAGCCUGGAAUCAUAGAAAUCUGAAAAUUUCACUGAAAUCAGGCAUUUUUGAUGAUAAGCUCUUGGAAAAUUCAAUUUUUGAACUGAAAUUUUGAAUUUUUGCAAAAAAUUGAUGAUUUUCAAGCCUGGAAUCAUAGAAAUCUGAAAAUUUCACUGAAAUCAGGCAUUUUUGAUGAUAAGCUCUCGGAAAAUGCGAUUUUUGAACUUAAAUCUUGAAUUUUUGCAAAAAUUGAUGAUUUUUAAGCCUGGAAUCAUAGAAAUCUGAAAUUUUCACUGAAAUGAAGCAUUUUCGAUGAUAAACUCUCGGAAAAUUCAAUUUUUGAACUGAAAUCUUGAAUUUUCUGAAAAGUUUGCCACGUGGAAUUGAAAAAAUUGAAAAAUUGAUGAUUUUUAAGCUUAGAAUCAUAGAAAUCUGAAAAUUUCACUGAAAUCAGGCAUUUUCGAUGAUUUCUGGUCAUAAGCUCUUGGAAAAUUCAAUUUUUGAACUGACUUCUUGAAUUUUUGUAGAAAAAAUUGAAAAAUUGAUGAUUUUUAAGCUUAGAAUCAUAGAAAUCUGAAAAUUUCACUGAAAUCAGGCAUUUUUGAUGAUUUCUGAUCCUAAGCCUUCGGAAAAUUCAAUUUUUGAAAAACAAUUUCAAAAUUCUGGAUUUUCUGAUAAAUUUGUCACGUGGAAUUGAAAAAAAUUGAAAAAUUGAUGAUUUUUAAGCCUGGAAUCAUAGAAAUCUGAAAAUUUUACUGAAAUCAGGCAUUUUUGAUGAUAAGCUCUUGGAAAAUUCAAUUUUUGAACUGAAAUUUCGAAGUUUUGCAAAAAUUGAUGAUUUUUAAGCCUAGAAUCAUAGAAAUCUGAAAAUUUCACUGAAAUCAGGCAUUUUUUAUGAUUUCUGAUCCUAAGCUCUCGGAAAAUUCAAUUUUUGAAAAUCAAUUUCAAAAUUCUGAAUUUUCUGAUAAAUUUGCCACGUGGAAUUAAAAAAAAUUGAAAAAUUUAUGAUUUUUAAGCCUGGAAUCAUAGAAAUCUGAAAAUUUUACUGAAAUCAGGCAUUUUUGAUGAUAAGCUCUUGGAAAAUUCAAUUUUUGAACUGAAUUCUUGAAUUUUUGCAAAAAAAAUUAAAAAAUUGAUGAUUUUUAAGCCUGGAAUCAUAGAAAUCUGAAAAUUUCACUGAAAUCAGGCAUUUUUGAUGAUAAGCUCUUGGAAAGUUCAAUUUUUGAACUGAAAUCUUGAAUUUUUGCCAAAAAAAUUGAAAAAUGUAUGGUUUUUAAGCCUGGAAUCAUAGAAAUCUGAAAAUUUCACUGAAAUCAGGCAUUUUUGAUGAUAAGCUCUUGGAAAGUUCAAUUUUUGAACUGAAAUCUUGAAUUUUUGCCAAAAAAAUUGAAAAAUUGAUGAUUUUUAAGCCUGGAAUCAUAGAAAUCUGAAAAUUUUACUGAAAUCAGGCAUUUUUGAUGAUAAGCUCUUGGAAAAUUCAAUUUUUGAACUGAAAUUUUGAAUUUUCUGAAAAAUUUGCCACGUGGAAUUGAAAAAAAUCAAAAAUUGAUGAUUUUUAAGCCUGGAAUCAUAGAAAUCUGAAAAUUUCAUUGAAAUCGCGCAUUUUCGAUGAUAAGCUCUCGGAAAAUUCAAUUUUUGAACUGAAAUUUCGAAUUUUUGCAAAAAUUGAUGAUUUUUAAGCAUAGAAUCAUAGAAGUCUGAAAAUUUCACUGAAAUAAUUUAUUUUCGAAGAUAAGCUCUCGGAAAAUUCAAUUUUUGAACUGGAUUGAAUUUUUGCAAAAAUUGAUGAUUUUUAAGCCUGGAAUCAUAGAAAUCUGAAAAUUUCACUGAAAUUAGGCAUUUUCGAUGAUAAACUCUCGGAAAAGUCAAUUUUUCAACUGAAAUCUUGAAUUUUUGCAAAAAAUUGAUGAUUUUUGAGCCUGGAAUCAUAGAAAUCUGAAAAUUUCACUGAAAUCAGGCAUUUUUGAUGAUAAGCUCUUGGAAAAUUCAAUUUUUGAACUGAAAUUUUGAAUUUUUGCAAAAAAUUGAUGAUUUUCAAGCCUGGAAUCAUAGAAAUCUGAAAAUUUCACUGAAAUCAGGCAUUUUUGAUGAUAAGCUCUCGGAAAAUGCGAUUUUUGAACUUAAAUCUUGAAUUUUUGCAAAAAUUGAUGAUUUUUAAGCCUGGAAUCAUAGAAAUCUGAAAUUUUCACUGAAAUGAAGCAUUUUCGAUGAUAAACUCUCGGAAAAUUCAAUUUUUGAACUGAAAUCUUGAAUUUUCUGAAAAGUUUGCCACGUGGAAUUGAAAAAAUUGAAAAAUUGAUGAUUUUUAAGCUUAGAAUCAUAGAAAUCUGAAAAUUUCACUGAAAUCAGGCAUUUUCGAUGAUUUCUGGUCAUAAGCUCUUGGAAAAUUCAAUUUUUGAACUGACUUCUUGAAUUUUUGUAGAAAAAAUUGAAAAAUUGAUGAUUUUUAAGCUUAGAAUCAUAGAAAUCUGAAAAUUUCACUGAAAUCAGGCAUUUUUGAUGAUUUCUGAUCCUAAGCCUUCGGAAAAUUCAAUUUUUGAAAAACAAUUUCAAAAUUCUGGAUUUUCUGAUAAAUUUGUCACGUGGAAUUGAAAAAAAUUGAAAAAUUGAUGAUUUUUGAGCCUGGAAUCAUAGAAAUCUGAAAAUUUCACAAAAAUCAGGCAUUUUUUAUGAUUUUUGAUCCUAAGCUCUUGGAAAAUUCAAUUUUUAAAAAAUAAUUUCAAAAUUCUGGAUUUUCUGAUAAAUUUGCUACGUAAAAUUGAAAAAAAAAAUGAAAAAUUUAUGAUUUUUAAGCCUGGAAUCAUAGAAAUCUGAAAAUUCCACUGAAAUCAGGCAUUUUCGAUGAUAAGCUCUUGGAAAAUGCGAUUUUUUAACUGAAAUCUUGAAUUUUGUCAAAAUUUCGCUGAAAUUUCAGUGAUUUUUUAAUUCUAGGUCAAAUCUAGGUUCAAAAAUUCACAAAAAAUCCCACAUUUUUUCAGAACAGCUACGAUGAAAUGAUAAAUUUCCUAACUCAAAGAAACAUCGAACAAUCGGCCCUGAAAUUCGUCCAAAAAUUAAAAUCAAUAAAUGAACUUGGCUCAAAAACUGCUCCAUCAUCACACAUCGAAGAGCAUCAAGGAGCCGGCACAAAAACAAUCAAUAUGUUUGGAAAAUUGUUGAGUCACAGCUCGAAAUUCGUCAUGGAAGGUGUCAAAAACCUGGUGCCAAAAGAGCACAAUUUACCGCUCACCAAAAUGGUGGAUUCAUUAAUUUGUGGUGCACAAAAUAAUAUUGGUGGAAAUAUUAAUCAAAUGAUUGGGGGAAGUGGAAAUAUGGUGGAUUUGGAUGAGAGUUUUGCAUUUUUUGAUCCCAAAUUGAUGCAUCAACCGACUAAAGAGUAGGGAUUUUUUGGGGAAUUUUUGAACUAAAAUUUGGGAAAAAUGAUGGAAAAUAAGCCUAAAAUACUGAAAAAAUCCAAUUUAGAUUUGACCUGAAAUUAAUUUGAAGUUAGAGAAAAUUCGGGAGAUUUUUGAGCUAAAAUUUUGGAAAAAUGAUGGAUUUUCAGUCUAGAAACCAGGAAAAUAAGCCUAAAAUACUGAAAAAAUCCAGUUUAGAUUUGACAUGAAAUUAAAUUUAGGUUGAUUUGAAGUUAGGAGAUUUUUGAGCUAAAAUUCGAGAAAAUGAUGGAUUUUCAGCCUAGAAACCAGGAAAAAUGAGCCUAAAAUACUGAAAAAAUCAGAUUUAGAUUUGACCUGAAAUUUAAUUUAGGUUAAUUUGAAGUUAGAGAAAAUUCAGGAGAUUUUUGAACUAAAAUUUGGGAAAAAUGAUGGAUUUUCAGGCUAGAAACCAGGAAAAAAUCCCUAAAAAACUUGAGGAUUUGAAAAAAUCCAGUUUAGAUUUGACCUGAAAUUGAAUUCAGGUUCAUUGGAAGUUAGUGAAAAUUCAGGAGAUUUUGAGCUAAAAUUUGGGAAAAAUGAUGGAUUUUGAGCCCAUAACUCUAAAAUAAUGAACAAAUCCCGAAAUUUUGACCUUAAUUUAAUUCUAGGUUGAAUUUUCAAAGAUUUUAUAAGCCUGGAAUUUCAUGCCUAGAUUUUUUAGUCUAAAUUUUCAAGCCCAGAUUUGACCUGACAUGAAAUUUAGGUUCAUUGGAAGUUAGAGAAAAUUCGGGAGAUUUUUGAACUAAAAUUUAGGGAAAAAAUGAUGGCCUAGAAACCAGGAAAAUAAGCUUAAAAUACUGAAAAAUCCAGUUUAGAUUUGACCUGAAAUUAAAUUUAGGUUGAUUUGAAGUUAGAGAAAAUUCGGGAGAUUUUUGAGCUAAAAUUUGGGAAAAAUGAUGGAUUUUGAGCCUAGAAAUCAGGAAAAUGAGCCUGAAUUUAAUUACAGGUUGAAUUUCCUAGGCUUUGAAAAAAUCAAAUUUAAAUUUGAUCUGAAAUUAAAUUUGGGUUAAUUUGAAGUUAGCGAAAAUUCGGGAGAUUUUUGAGCUAAAAUUUGGGAAAAAUGAUGGAUUUUCAGCCUAGAAAACAGGAAAAUAAGCCUAAAAUACUGAAAAAAUUAUAAUUUAGAUUUGACCUGAAAUUAAUUUGAAGUUAGAGAAAAUUCAGGAGAUUUUUGAACUAAAAUUUAGGAAAAAAUGAUGGAUUUUCAGUCUAGAAACCAGGAAAAUAAGCCUGAAUUUAUUUUCAGGUUGAAUUUCCUAGCCUAGACUUGAGGCUGUGAAAAAAUCCUGUCUAAAUUUGACCUGAAAUUAAUUUGAAGUUAGAGAAAAAUCAGAAGAUUUUUGAACUAAAAUUUGGGAAAAAUGAUGGAUUUUGAGCCUAGAAACCAGGAAAAUGAGCCUAAAAUACUGAAAAAAUCAGAUUUAGAUUUGACCUGAAAUUAAAUUUAGGUUGAUUUGAAGUUAGAGAAAAUUCGGGAGAUUUUUGAGCUAAAAUUUGGGAAAAAUGAUGGAUUUUGAGCCUAGAAAUCAGGAAAAUGAGCCUGAAUUUAAUUACAGGUUGAAUUUCCUAGGCUUUUGAAAAAAUCAAAUUUAAAUUUGAUCUGAAAUUAAAUUUGGGUUAAUUUGAAGUUAGCGAAAAUUUGGGAGAUUUUUGAGCUAAAAUUUGGGAAAAAUGAUGGAUUUUCAGCCUAGAACCCUAAAUCCAUGAAAAUUCCCGAAAUUUUGACCUAAAUUUAAUUUCAGGUGGAAUUUUCGAAGGUUUUAUAAGCCUGGAAUUUCAUGCCUAGAUUUUUUAGUCUAAAUUUUCAAGCCUAGAUUUACCCUGACAUUAAAUUUAGGUUCAUUUGGAAGUUAGAGAAAAUUCAGUGCCUAAAUUACCCAAAUUCAAAUUUAGUAUUAAAAAAUCCAGUUUUUCCCGAUUCUAACCUCAAAAAUCAUGAAAACUGCGAUUUUUGAGGCCUAGAAUCAGGGUUUUUGACCCAGAAUUAAUUUCAGGUCAAAUUUAGACCCAAUUUCAGCCUAAAUUCCAUUUUUUCAAUUUUUUUCAGAAGUAUCGUUCGAUCUCGCCAACAACCGGCACAAGAUGUGAUUUUAUUCGUCGUCGGCGGCGGAAAUUAUGUGGAAUAUCAAAAUUUGGUGGACUACGGUAGGUUUUCGCGCCUAAAUUCUACCGUAUUCUCCAAAAAUACCCAUUUUUUUGCAGGAAAACGUAAGAAUUUGAAACGUGUCACGUAUGGAUGCUCGGAAUUGGUGAAUCCUGCGCAGUUUUGUGAACAAGUGAGUUUUUUUGGGGCGAAAUUGCCACGUGGCAAGAUUUUCGGCGCGAAAUUUGAAUUUUUCAAUAAAAAGAUACCCCAUGAGCCUAGAUUUAGGAAAAAAUUGAAUUUCGCAUUUUUCGCGCCAAAAAAUGUACAUGGAAUUCAAAAAAACGUGGCGCCAAAACUUGAAAAUUUGAAUUUUUCCCCCGAAAAAUGCUUGCUCAUUUUUCCUUUUUUGAUUUAGUUAAUUUUGUUUUCUCGAGCAAAAAACAACAGGAAAAUAGGGAGUUUUUUAUCUGAUUUCAGUUUUUUUUUUCUGUUUUUUCUCCGAAGAAAAACAAUUUUAAUGUGAUGUUUUUUUUUGGCGAAAAUUUGAUUUUUGAAGUUUUUACGCCGUUAGAUUUGAUAUACUGUAGAGAUUACUGUAGGCUGGAUUUUUGGCGCGAAAAAAUUAGAAUUUUGAUUUAAAAAAUUUUUUGAUAUUCUAUUUUUUGGUGCCGGAAUUUGAAGCUACAGUACUCUCAAGUUUUCGCGCCGAAAAUGUUUUUUUUGCAAAAUUUUGGACUUGUCAUAACCCGCCCACAGUUUUUCUGCAAUUUUUAUGACACCCAAAAAAUUCCCAAGUGUAGCUUCUCAAUCAAAAAAAAUUGUCACACACAAAAAAGUGUUCUGAAAAAAACUUUUUUCCUUUUUUUUUCCAAAAAAAAAGUUGAAAAAUCUCAUUCCAAUUGAAAAUUUGAUUUUCUCUCAGCGCGAUUUUUUCUAUUUUGAAUAGAACUAGGCUUUUUUUUGUUACUUUUCGUAUGCGAAAAAGUGAUUUUUGCCACAAAAUUUGGAGCAUUUUGCACAAAAAUUCAUCAUUUUCUGAACCCCGCGAAAAAAAAGUAAAAAAAAAUUGUUGAAAAUUGCCCCUUGGGAGAGAUUUUUUGGGUCAAAAGACUCUUUGAUCUUUUUAGUUUGGUGUAAAAUGUAAACAUGAGCUUUUGAUCUACUUGUAGAUCUGUUUUGGCGCCAAAAAAGUCUGUUUUUGAAGCUAGAAAGUAAUAUAACUAUAGUCUAGUUUGGUUUAGUUGUGAAGCCAAAAAUGGUGGAAUUUUGGCGCCUUCUUUUGAUCUACAAAAAAUCUAAAAUACAGUAAUCCAAUUUGGUCUACCAGUAGAUCAAUUUUUCCCGCCAAAAUGCAAAGGUCAAACUACAGUAAUCCAAAUUCUUCUUUUUUUAUUACUCAUUAAUAUUUAUAUUAUUAUAAUAAAAAAUGGAACUUGUUCCAUUUUUUCUCCAAGACCUAGACUAAUCAAAAAAAAGUUUUUGUACUUUUUUGCAGAAAAUUCUGGAAGAGCUGAAAAUUUCAGCUCUGAAAACCAAACUAAGAAAAUUUAGUGAAAAUUCAUGAUUUUUCCAAAUUUCUGGAAUUUUCAUUAGAAAAAGACCUAGAGUAAUCAGAGAAUUCUGGAAGAGCUGAAAAUUUGACUGAAAAUUUAGAAAUUCUGGAAAUUUCAGCUCUGAAAACCACGUGGAUUUCUUAAAUUUAGUGAAAAUUCAUGAUUUUUUCCAAAUUUUUGGAAUUUUCAUUGGAAUAACUCUAGGAUUUUGGCCCCAAAAUUCAUUUUUUUAAAAAUGUUUGACACGUGGCACAGUAUGACUCAUAUUAUUCUGUAGUUCGCCUAACUCCUCCCACAUAUUUCUUAUUUUUCCGUUCUGCUCUGACUCUCAUGCUUUUUGAUGGACACCACAACAUAUAUCCAUCAGCAGCUUCUCCUCGCCCACUUUUCCCUCCGGGACCCGUCUUUUUUGGCGCCAAGAAAUUUUUGGAGGAGGAACAUAUGUUGUUAUAUGUUUCACAUGCUAGUAGCUAUGCAUGUUUUUGGGUUGGCGAUUUUUGCAUAAAUUUUGCGAGUUCUGCGGGAUUUUUGAGAAAAUUGGGGUUUUCAAAUUCGCGCUGAAAAUUACUCAAAAUUUGCCACGUGGAAUUUUUGACACUUGAAAAUUUUGAAAUUUUGAUUUUCCCGCUGAAAAUUUGCCACGUGGCAUUUUUUGACUUUUGAAAAUUUCGAAAUUUGUUAAAUUUUGAUUUUCCCGCUGGAAAUUUGCCACGUGGCAUUUUUUGACUUUUGAAAAUUUCAAAUUUUUGUUAAAUUUUGAUUCUCCCGCUGAAAAUUUGCCACGUGGCAAAAUAAUUUUCGAAAUGUAAUUAUUUUUCUGCGAGAUUUGAGUUUUCCGCGAUUUUUUCUGGAGCUCAAAAAUAUAUUUUUUCAUUUUUUGCAAGAUUCUGGCAACUUGAGCCUUAGAAAAAUAGAUAGCUCUCUAAGAACCUUAAGAACCUUUAAAACCUUAAGAACCUUUAAAAGAGGUCCCUAAGGUCCUUAAGAACUUGAGGGAAAUCUUCUAAACCUCUAUGAAAAUUUUAAAAAUAAAUUUUGAUCCAUCUGAAAUAUUUUUUGUAUCAAAAAUUCAGAAAAUUGGUGAAUUUUCUAAAUUUUCUCCAAUUUUCCACACAAAAAUCGAACUUUUUGAACUUGUCUCUGCAAAUUUUUCUCGCCCACUUUUUCCUUUUUUUUUUUAUUCAUUUUCUCCUCCAAGACGAAAAAAUUUCCUCUUUUCUUUCUUUUCAUUUUUUUCUCCUAAUUAUCACUACUACUACUAUAAAAAAAGCUCUUCUUCCUCUGCAAAAAUGGGUGAAAACCUCGAGAAAAAACACAUAAUUCAAUUUUUCUCUCGCGCCUUUUUUUGACCCGAAAAUGGGGUGGUCCUUUUUGAGAGAGAUGGUGAGAAAAUUGGAUUUAUUAGACCUAGAAGCCCGCUGAAAAAUAUACAUUUUUCAUGUUUUUGAGAGAGGUUUUGAUUAUGUUCCUUUAAUUUUUUUCGUCUACAGUAAUCCAGGAAAUUUUCAGAAAUCCCAGAUUUUCAGCCAAAAUUCGAGAAAAAUCAUGAAGUUUUCUGAAAAUCUAGGUCAAACUAAAGUUUAGUUUUUUUUACUCGUUAUGCAAAAUAAUAUAGUUUCUCAAUUUUAUUUAUCAACCCCCUUCCUUUUCAAAAAAAAAUUUUUUUUUUGAAAAAACUAUUUUUCCUCCCAUUUUUUCUUCUGGUGAAAAAAGAAGAGUUUAAGUGAAGGAGGUACUUGAAAUAUUUGAAAAAAGAAGGACCUCCGGGAUUAUUAUUAUUAUUUCUUCUUUUUUUUUUUUGAGGAGGAAAUAUGAAUAAUGAUGUCAUUUUGGGGAAAAAUUGCAAAAUUUUGGUCCAAAAAUCGUGUUUUUGUUGGAAAAUGUUUCAAUUUGAACCCCCCAAGAAUUCAGGAUUCUUAACCUGAAAUUAAGAAGCUAACAAUAAGUUAUGCUAACUUCCCUUAAGCACUUUUUCUUCCUGAGUUCAUUUCCACGUGGCAAUUUCAGCCCUAAAUUCCUUCUUCCUAAUUUUUCUCGAAAAAAAGUCAACAAAACUUUAUUUUAUUCAAUUUCGAUAUUUUUUUUUUCUGUCUGCUUCUCAAAAAAUUGAAUUUCCCGCUCCCUUUUUUCUAUAUGUUUAUUUCUUCGGUUUUCCCCCCCAAGCAACCUCGAAAUGAGCAAAAAUAAUAAAAAAGUUCAAAGAUUUCGCCAAAAAUUUUACGAUCUGUCAUGAUUCAUGUUUGAGAAGAGCAAAAGAGUGGUUUUGGGGCUGAAAUUUGGCUGAAAAUGGGAUUUUUUAGUCCAAAAAUUUUGAAAAUUCAAAAAUUCAAAUUUUCGCGCUCAAAAAUCCACAUUCCUAUUGAUUUUGGGGCCAAAUUUUGAGAAUUCCUGAAAUUUUCACAAUUAAUCUUCAAUGCUCUGAAAAUUGAGCUCAAAAAAUCCACGUGGCAUAAUUGUUUCCUGAAUUCAAAUUUUUUUCAAAAGUAUUUGAAAAAUGGCUCAAUUUUUGAGAAAUUUUGAGAAAUUUAAAUUUUCGCGCCAAAAAAUCCACGUGGAAUUGAAUCCACGUGGAAUAAUUGUUUCCUGAAUUUUUAAAUUUAAAAGAAAAAUUUGAAAAAUGGCUCAAUUUUUGAGAAAAUUGAGGAAUUUUUCAUGUUUUCCCCAAAAAAUUUUGAAAAAAUCUCGAAAAUUUAUUACCUAGCAACCUUCAUAAAAUGUUUAGUUCAAAAAUUCGCACGAAUUUUGAGCUAUAAAAUUACUGUCACAUGUUCCUUUAAAUGUUUCCCUUCUCUGAAAAAUCUGAUAAUUUUCAGCUAACUCGUCUUGGACGAUCAUUGGAAUAA